AUGUUAUUUUAUUCAUUGUCAUUACGUCUAUUAUUACUAUUAUUACUACUAAUUCUAAAUUGGGUUCAAGCUGACUUCACACCACAUUUUCGAGCAUUUAUACACAACAAUUAUGGAAUUGGUAUUGUACAAAAUUUGGAACGCACUGAUUUAGGAAGAGAUGCAAGUUUUGGUGGUAAGAGAUACAAUGAUGAAGAAUUUAAAAAUCAAGCCGUUAUAUUGGUUCAUGAUGCUGCAAGUUCAGCUAAGGGAUUACAGGUGACUACUACAUAUGUAUAUUUUCUUCUCUCAAAAGGAUAUAAUCAAUCAGAUAUAUAUGGCACUACAUGGGGUGACGGGGGAACAACACCUAUUGCGCUCGUUGAUAUGAAAUGUUCAUACGUUAAACAAAUCAGAAGCAUGAUAAUCGCUGUACGACAAUAUACGGGUACAAGGGUUGACGUAAUUGCGUAUUCAGUAGGGUCACCGAUUGCGCGUAAAGCAAUUCUUGGUGGAAAUUGCGUGGAUACUCGAGAAAUUCUUGGUCCACCUCUUACUGAGUUAAUUGACACAUAUCUAAGUGUUGCGGGUGCAAAUUACGGUGUUUCAUUGUGUUUUGUACCGAUACCACUUGGAGCAUGUAACCGCAGAACUGGUCUGCAUUGUCGGUCAUCAUUUCUACACGAUAUCAACAGACAAAUUCGAUAUGAAGGCACAUUCAUCUUCAGCAUUUUUUCAGAUUCUGAUGAAAAAAUUGGUUUUCGAGGUUGCGGUACAUUGCUCAGUCCAAUUAAGGGUGCAACAGGCUAUGUAAAGAAAGAAUUAUUAAGUCAUGAGCAAACCAAAGAUAGUACUUAUGUGAUGCAACGAAAUUUCAUUCAAAAACAUCGACCGAUUUGA